AUGUCGAACCCGUUUUGCUCCUUCGCCAACGGGUCUCGACUGGUGCCGGAUGCUGAAGACAGGAUUUACAAAGACCUGAGAUGGGCGGGACUGAUAUGGGAUGAGGGCCCUGACCUCCCGGGUCCCUAUGGGCCUUACCGGCAAUCUGAGAGGCUUUCUCUCUACAAAGAGCAUGCCGACAAACUUGUCCGCGAAGGCAAGGCCUACAGGUGCUUUUGCUCGCCCGAGGCCCUGGAAGAACAGAAGAAGAGGGCCCAUGAAGCCGGGGAACCCACUCUCUACCCCGGGACAUGCCGCGAUCUCUCGCUCGAAGAGUCCGAUGAUCGUGCCCACCGGGGUGAGCCCUUCGCCAUCCGGUUCAAGAGUGCAGAGGAGCCCAUAAAAAUCCAGGACCUGGUCUACGGCCGUUUCAUGAAAAAUGAGCCCGAGGACGACUACAUCAUCAUGAAGCGCGACGGCUUUCCCACCUACCACUUCGCCAAUGUUGUCGAUGACCGCCACAUGAAGAUCACCCACGUUAUUCGCGGGGCGGAGUGGCUUGUUUCCACACCGAAACACGUUGAGCUGUACCAGGCGUUUGGCUGGGAACCACCGCAGUUCGCCCACGUCGGCCUGCUUGCCGACAGAUACCGGCAGAAGCUGAGUAAACGCGAAGACUCAGCGAACCUGCAAUACUACAAGGACGGCCACAUCCUGCCCUCUGCACUUCUCAACUUUGUCGUCUUGUUGGGUUGGAGGGCGCCACCGACAAAAGGCGAAUUCUCCCUCAAGUUCAGCAAAGGCGACAUCGUCGUGUCCCUGCAAAAGUUACCUUUCCUCCAGGAGAAGCACUUGGAGCGGCUCAUCGAAAAGGAAGACAAAACCUACGCCGAACACCUCCUGGAAGAGAAGCACUUCAUCAAACCUCUCAGGGAGGCCAUUGAAAAGGUUCAACAGGCCAAGGACGAAGACCUCCUCAUGGCGCCGGGUAAGCUCAUGACGGGCGAGAUCGGCGCGCGGCUGCCGGCCCCUCGCAUUUUCGACGAGCGCUUCCGCCGGGAUCUUUUGCGGCUGGUGACCUCCCGCAGGGUAAUGCUCGAGAGACCCGCCGACCGCUUCGUCGACGCCAUGUGGAAGCUGCGGUACUACAUCUGGGAGGUCCCCCAGGGCGUGCUCGAGGUGGCGGUGCGCGAGGGCAAGCUCGACCCCGUCGCGCCGGCAGACCGCGCCGAGCAGCUGGGCAAGGCCGUCUCGUUCUUGGCCGACAAGUUCCAAGCGGUCGACGGGGCCGACUGGACACACGACGGAUUGGGCAAGGUCGUGAAGGACGUGAUGGGGAACACGGAAUACUGGGAGUUCUUCGAGACAUCCAAGAACGCGCAGACCAACGUGUACACCCCGCUGCGCUGGGCGCUGCUUGCGCUGGAGAAGGGGCUCCCCAUUACGACGACGAUGGAGAUUCUGGGCAAGGAGGAGACGCUGCGGCGGCUGGAGGUUGCGAAAUCCGCCGCUGCCAUGGCGGCCCGGCCGCUAGCCAAGCCGUAAUUUGAUAUUGGUUUGCGAAUGGGCGAAAGAGGAGGAUUGAACCGCCGGUUGCUGACGGAAGACGCGACGGCGCGAGAAGCUCUGUGUCGGUGGUGGCCAGGCCAAAGUGGCCUGGCGAUGGCGACAGUCGAGAUGUGUAUUAUAGUGUACACAAGUCCUGGAUAGUUGGAUUAGACGGAUUGUAUGUGCUGUAU